AUGAGAGCCUUGUGGAACUGGCUUCGGUGGGGCCAGGGAGCACUCAAGGACGAUGAAGAACAUGUAUUUCCUCUCAAUCGACCAUCAUCGGCCACUGAUAUCGACCGCUCAGACAACUCGCAGCUUUUGAUUAUCGGGAUAUCUGCUAAAGUCUAUCUCUUGGAUGGAAAGACUAUCAGAAAGCUACCUCGCAGCGACAACGACAUCCAAGCAAUCCAGCGUGAAGCCAUGAUAUAUGAUACUAUUGGCCCCCAUAUCCGUAUUGCUGAGUGUAUAUCUAUGGGCAAUAAUGAAUUUUGUCAGCAUGUCGACAUCAAAUAUUACCCCCAUGGUGACCUUGCUGCAUAUAUCCAGCAAAAUUCCAUCACACCUGAGCUUCAAUCGAAGUGGUUCCACCAAAUACUCGAGGCGGUUGUUACUAUUCACUCUUUUGAUGUUAUCCAUUCUGAUUUGGCACUACGGCAAUUUUUCAUUGACGAGAAUCUCGACCUACGCUUGGGUGACUUCAAUUUUGCCCAAUGCCCUGGGCACCCGGCUCUUGGUUAUGAAAAAGCAUCACACUGUUUACCUCGGGAUUAUGACCUACCGAAUACUGAAAGUUCCGAUAUCUUUGCCAUGGGGUCAACCCUAUAUGAGUUGGUUACUGGUAACAUACCAUACGGCGAGUUAAACAUGCUGGAAUCAAAUGACCCUGAUGUCGUCAAGGCACAUUUGGACCGACAGCAUGAGGUGAUUGACUUUGAAAUCGAAAGGCGAUACAAAAACCAUGAAUAUCCAGAUGUCAGCAAGCUCCCGCAUGGUUAUCUAAUACUGGAUUGUUGGCGAGGAGAUAUCACUACUGCAAAGGAAGCGCUAGAGAUUUAUUUGUAUAAUAUGAAGUCAUAG